AUGGGUGCCCCUAAAGUCCUCUAUCCUGUUGCUUCUCUAUCGAACGAGGAGUAUCCAGAUCAUAUACCAGAGUUCCGCCAGUUUGAGAAGGAUUUCAAUGUUGUGUACAAAUCAUUUGACCAGCCGUUUGAAGACAUCAAGGAGCUGUUUCGAACAGGCGACCUGAACGAUGUCGAAGCCAUUUGGCUGACAGGAGCCGUCAUCAGGCUGCAGUAUCCGUUUAACGACCUCAUUGACUAUUUCCCGGAGACAUUGAGAGUCAUUGCCCUUCCAUGGGUUGGGCAUGAUCGUAUCGACGGUGCCCAAUUGAGAUCAAGGGGGAUUCAUCUCGUGAACAUUGGCGAUGCGCCUUCAAAGGACGUGGCAGACAUCGCAUUGCAGUUGACACUGGGGACGUUUAGAUACACGCACUUCUUUGAACGCAAGCUCAGGGAGAGCAACGGGAGCAUUGCCAAGGCAAGAGAGGUGAUUGGCGGAACAGACGUAGACACCAAGACAAGGGAGCCUCUGCCUCCAACUGACCCAAAGAGAAAGAACUAUACGAAAUACGUGACCGUUGGUGGGAAGGCUUUGAACUCACCAGCUGGUAAAGUUGCAGGGAUCGUUGGACUGGGCUCAAUUGGCAAGGAGAUUGCCAUUAGGCUAUGGGCCAUUGGCAUGGAGAUAUCUUAUACCAAGAGAACGCCAUUGAAAGAUGGCGAAUUGUCAGGUUUACCGUACAAACCGACUUAUUUCAAUUCAUUCGAGGAGCUGAUUCCACACGUUGACUUGUUGGUAUUGGCUGUCCCACACAGUUCUGAAACAACACACCUUAUCAACAAGGAUACCAUAAAACUGUUCAAAAGAGGUGCUAGAGUUGUCAAUAUUGGACGUGGAUCUGCCAUCGAUGAAGAUGUGCUGUUGAAGGCAUUGGACGAUGGAACCAUCAACUCUGCAGGCUUGGAUGUUUUCCAGAAUGAGCCGAACAUAGACCCAAGAUUCGUAAACAGACAUGAUGUUACCAUACUGCCACAUCUGGGAUCGUUCACAGAGGAUAACUUUAGAAAUUCUACGCUGAGAACCAUCGAAAACAUAAGGGAUGUAUUGGUCAACGGAGGACAAGGUAUACACCUUGUUAAUUAA